AUGCUGAUAGUAGAUUCCGCGGCACGAAUUAAACCGAUUGAUGCUCUCGCCCACGAGUUCUUUCAGACAAUUGCUGCUCCUGUCACCACCAAAUUCCACGGCAGGCGGAAAUUCAAGGUGAGUUUUACCGUCUCCAAAGGAAGCCCAACCCUACCACUUACCUUUGUCCUCAUUCUCUUUGUCUCCUUUCUCUCACCCCAGUCUGCGUAUCGUGCGAUCCUCUUCAUUCGCAUAUUGAAGGACCUGAAGGCCUGUGGAACCACCCUCUCACUCUACAAACUCACCACUGACCCCUAUUCAAACAAACGGCUCCGAAAACUCAUUGAUGCCCUAGCUUUUGAUGUCUACAGCCACUGGAUCAAACGAGGCGAUGAGCAGAAUCGGGCAGCGUUGUAUGAGAAUAAACCGCGCUGUGAACAGGUCCAGAUGACCCUAACACCACCUCUUCAACUUCAUCCAGAUAUGUUAAAUGCGGUGGAAUUCAAUGAUGACGCUUUUUACGAGCCUUCCGGUGUGCGAGGUUAG